AUGUCUGCAGAUACUAGUUCUUCAACUUCUGCAUUCGUUUCAACACUGAUAUUUAAUAGUAUCAUUGGUGGUAUCUUCUUAUUAGGCUUUCUUCUUUUAAGACAACGUUAUAAACGUGUUUAUGAGCCACGUACUUUAGAUGAUAUAAGAACUUUAUUUGAUGAAGAUAGAACAGACCCUGUCCCGUCUGGAUUUUUUCAUUGGUUACCGUUCUUAUUAAGAAAACCUCAUUCUUUUAUUAUUCAACAUGCUGGUAUUGAUGGUUAUUUUUAUUUAAGAUAUCUUGGAGUAUUUGCUGCUUUUUCUUUUCUUGCAGCAAUUAUUCUUUUCCCAAUUUUACUACCUGUUAAUAUUACUAACGGUAAUCAUUUAAAAGGUUUUGAAGUUAUGUCCUUUGCAAAUGUUAAAAAUAAAAAUAGAUUUUAUGCUCAUGUCUUUUUAUCAUGGUUAGUAUUUGGUUUAUUACUAUUUAUAAUUUAUAAAGAAUUAUAUUACUACAUUUUAGUUAGACAUGCAGCUAUGACUACACCACUUUAUGAUGGUUUAUUAUCAUCUCAUACUGUUAUUGUAACAGAAUUAAAUGAAUCUUUAAUGCAAGAAGGUGAAUUUGAAAGAUUAUAUCCAUCGUUAAAAUUUAUUAAUUAUUCUUAUAAUCUUAAAGAUUUAAAUAAUUUAGUUGAUGAAAGAGGUAAGAAUGUCACAAAAUUAGAAUCCGCAGUUAAUAGUUGCAUUAAUAAAUCAACAAAAAAAUAUUUAAAAGGAAAAUAUUCAAAGGAGAAACCUGAAGAUAAUUUAGAUACUUAUAUUCCUUUUGAAAAAAGACCAAAACAUCGUCUUGGGAAAUGGUUUCUUCCACCUUUAGAAAAAUGGUUUGGCAGGAAAAAAGUUCAAACUAUUACUUAUUGUAGCGAACAUAUUACAGAACUUAAUGAAAAAAUUCAUCCUUUACAACAGCAUUGGAAACAAAAUGAAAAAUUUCCUUCAAUUUUUAUUCAAUUUAAUUCACAAUUAGAAGCACAAAAAUGUUAUCAAUCACUUGAAGGUGUUGUUGGUAAAAAGAAUUUUGGUAAAAAAUUUAUUGGUUCAACUCCAAAGGAUAUUAAUUGGCCAAACAUGAGUAUGACAACAAAAGAACGUAAAAUUAAAAGAUUUUUAGCAAAUACAUUCUUAACGUUAUUAAUUAUUUUUUGGGCUAUUCCUGUGGCUGUUGUUGGUUGUAUUUCAAAUAUUAAUUUUUUAACUCAAAAAGUUCCAUUUUUAAAAUUCAUUAAUAAUUUACCAAAUGUUUUAAUGGGUUUAAUUACAGGUAUUUUACCAACUGUUGCAUUAGCUGUAUUAAUGUCAUUAGUAGCACCAAUUAUUACAAAAAUUGGGAAUAUCUCAGGUGCAAUAACUUUUGAAGAAACCUCAAUAUUUGUUCAAAAAUGGUACUAUGCAUUCCAAGUAGUGGAUGUAUUUAUUGUGGUAACAUUAGCUUCUUCAGCUUCAGCAACUGUUCAAGCAAUUAUUGAUGAUCCAUCUUCUGCAAUGACGCUCUUAGCUGCAAAUUUACCUAAAGCAUCGAAUUUCUAUAUUGUUUAUUUCUUAUUAUUGGGUUUAACAACACCAUCUGGUAAUUUAUUACAAAUUGUUACAUUAAUUCUUUCAAAAAUUUUACAUCUAUUUGAUAGUACACCUCGUGCUAAAUGGAAAAGAUAUAACGUUUUAUCUGAACCAAAUUAUGGUGUAUUAUAUCCAUCAAUUCAAAUUUUAACUGUAAUCAUGAUUUCAUACACUAUUAUUGCACCAAUAAUCUUAAUAUUUACAACUUUAGCUUUGAUUACAACAUAUAUUGCUAAUCUUUAUAAUUUGGUCUAUGUGAUAAUCCCACCAAAGCAUGAUUUAAUGGGUAAAAAUUAUCCAUAUGCAAUCUUUCAAGUCUUUGUCGCUUUAUAUCUUGCUGAAAUAUGUUUAAUUGGUUUAUUCAUUAUGGCUAAAGCCUGGGGUCCAUUAGUUUUAGAAUGUUUCUUCCUAGUAGUAACUGCAUUAGCAAAUAUUUAUUUCAAACGGAUAUUCUUACCUGUAUUAAAUAUCGUUCCUUUAAGUGCAAUCAGAUAUGCACGUGGCCAACCUAAUAGUGUAUAUCCUUAUAAAGAUUUAGGACUUCAAGAAAGUAAAGAUUUUGCUGAAAAGAUGAGACUACAACAUGAAGGUGAUGAAACAGGUGGAGUCAUUAGACAAGUUACAAGACCUGAAUUGGUACGUGCAGAUUUGAUUCAAUCUAGUGGCUCGUCAAAUUCAAAUACUAGUCAGGAUGCAGAAGAAAAAGCAAAGAAUGCUAAUAUUGUUAAAGUAGAAACAGGUGCCACUGGAGAACAUAGUAGAAAAAAUAGUACAUUUGUUUCACCAGAUGAAGAAUUUCAUAAAUUACAUUAUAGUGAUAUUGAUCCAUCAAGAUUAAACGGUAAUGGAUUAGAUGAUGUACCUUUAAGACAACAGGAUGAACAUGGAGUUUGGUUAAUUGGUGAUGUUGGUGAUACAUAUAGAGAUGUUGAAGCAAUGAGAGACAAUGAAAGAUCACAACCUGGAAAUAGUCUUCGUGAUUAUCGUGCUUUGCAAAGAGUAACUCUAUUCUUCAAACCAUGGGAGUGUUAUAAAUUCCCUGUCAUUAGACAAAAAAUGCCAUUAAUCUUGAACAGUACUAUCCAAUACGAUAUUGGAUAUUUGGAGAAUGCUUACAUUGACUCCUCGGUUAAUGAUCAUGAUCCAAUCAUUUGGGUUGGUAAGGAUCCCAUGGGUGUCUCUGAUCAAUUGGUCAAAGAAUGUAGGGAUUCGGGUGUUGAUAUUAGAAACGAAGGUACCUCCUUUACAGAGAAGGGCAAGUGUACCUAUAUCGAUAAUCCACCAGAUUAUGAACCAAAUACCAAAUUAUAA